CUCUCUCUCUCUCUCUCUCCAUCUUCUUCUACCUCAAUCAGACACCACCACCGCUUUGAAUGCUUGCAUGAUUUCUAGACCAAAACCAAUAUCUCUGAUCCUAAUCUUACAACAACAAAACCAAACCAAACCCCAUUAUGAAAAGAAUUCUUCUUUAGGCAUUUUCACCAUUAAUAUUCACAACUUCCCUCUCAUUACAUACCCCACUGCGCUCUCCAAAGUCUAAAGCUCCCAUCUUUUUUAAACACCCUUUUGCCUUUGGACCAUUUCUCUCUCUCAAGCCUGCCCUGGAAGAAUCAUUAAGCUUCCAUUAUACAAGCAAAGUGGGUUUUGAACUAAGUUUCAGAGAGCACAAAACAAUGACCCACUUGGAGUUCAUCAAGAAAAUCAAGCGGUUCAAUCCUCUAGAGCCUUCUCUUAGCAUUCUUGGCUUCUUCUUGGUCACUGUUGUGCUCAUUGGCUGCUUCUUCUACUUGGAUUACGGCACAGUUGUUCAUGGGAUACGGUCUCGUCUUUUGCAUGGUUCAUCUACUGGUGGGAAAGCACGGUCUGGGUUUCUUGAUCAGGGGAAUGAAGAGUGUGAUGUGUUUGAUGGGAACUGGGUUUGGGAUGAGAAUUAUCCUUUGUAUCAGUCUCAAAACUGUUCAUUUUUGGAUGGAGGUUUUAGGUGUUCUGAGAAUGGGAGGCCUGAUAGCUUCUAUACAAAGUGGCGUUGGCAACCCAAAGAUUGCAACUUGCCCAGGUUUGAUGCAGGGAUGAUGUUAGAAAAACUUCGAAAUCGGCGUAUUGUAUUUGCAGGUGACUCAAUUGGAAGGAACCAGUGGGAGUCUCUUCUCUGCAUGCUCUCCUCUGUAGUUCCUAACAAGACUUCAAUAUAUGAGGUGAAUGGGAGGCCAAUCACGAAGCACUCAGGGUUUUUGGUCUUCAAGUUUGAGGACUUCAACUGCACUGUGGAAUACUACAGGUCACCAUUUCUAGUCUUUCAGGGUCAUCCUCCGGCUGGUGCCCCAGAGGAAGUGAAGUUGACUUUAAAAGUGGAUCAAAUGGACUGGAUGUCCAGCCACUGGAGGGAUGCAGAUGUGCUAGUUUUGAAUGCUGGCCACUGGUGGAAUUAUGGGAAAACCAUCAGAGAGGGAUGCUACUUUCAAGAAGGAGAGGAGAUAAAGAUGAAUAUGACUGUAGAAACUGCAUACCGGAGAUCAAUGGAAACCUUGAUUGACUGGAUUGAUGGUGAAGUCAACAUGAACAAGACUCAUGUACUUUAUCGAACUUACGCUCCUGUGCAUUUCAGUGGUAGUGAUUGGAAUGCUGGUGGUGGUUGUCACUUGGAAACUCUACCUGGAUUAGGCCCGUUGCCUGUUUUAUCCGACAGUGUUUACAAGACUAUCUUUGAUGUGUUAUCUGAGCGAUCAAAUGAAUCACAUGUAAGAAAAGUCGAUUUUCUGAAUGUUACAAAAAUGUCUCUGUGGAGAAAAGAUGGCCAUGCUUCUCUGUACUAUUUAGGAGCUACUCCAGCCUCAAUCAACCAUCAGGACUGCAGUCACUGGUGCCUACCUGGCGUCCCUGAUUCAUGGAAUGAACUUCUUUAUGCCCUUUUCCUUAAACACAAAUCCAUUCGCUCAGGAAAUUCAACGAAAGCUUCUUAGUUUCCAUUGUGAGUGGUAGUUCCUCAGUUCACCAUCCUAAUGAUCAUGGAAGGACUCCACUGCAAAGGAUGGAUAUAAAGAGUGAAACAUUUUGUUCUGCUUUCACACUAACAGGUGAAGUUCUGGUAUGUGAAGGGGAAAGUUGGGUUUUUCUUGAGCACUAACUGGAGCUUGCUUGACAUGCCGAAAAUGGGAAUGACAGAUUGCGUUCGGUUGACGACAACACUCGGCUAGGCUUAAUUGGGGACAGUGGAAACCUUCAAGGAUAGGUUUUAUACUGUAGUUACAGCAAAUUUAUUGUUACCACAGUUGAAAUUGAUUUAUGGAGCAAGUCAUACUUUUGUAGGGAUGUGAAGGAUUGAUGAGGCAAUCUUGAGAACCCUUGUAUAAACACCUGGUUUUGGUUUUCUCACAUGAUGUAAUUACACAAAAGGAAUGAAAAGGUUUUACUUUCCAUGUUUGCAUCUUGAA